CAUCGAUUGUGCCGUUGUCGUCUCGUCCAGCUCUACACUGAGUUUUCCAGAGCAACUGACAGAGCAUGCAAACGUGAUUAAUUGGUUUGCGAGCCCAGAAAGACGACCCGGAAAGUAUAGCGAGCGCCAAGGAGAGCAACCAGGAGCCAGGAGCACACACCGCAACAGUCGCCAGCGGAGACACCCACAGUCAGAGAGCUAGCGAGGAGACAGAGCAGCCACCAUGCCACGCGGAAAGUUCGUCAACCACAAGGGCCGCAGUCGCCACUUCACGUCGCCCGAGGAGCUGCAGCAGGAGUCCGAGGAGGAGAGCGACCAGUCGGGCAGCGGCAGUGGCAGCGACAGCGAUGCGGAGGACGGCAAAGCCAGCGGCUCCGCAGCAAAACCAAAGCCAUCGACCGCCCGGAAACCCGCCGCCGCUGCCAGUCGCCAAACGACGCAGCGACAGAAGCAGCGGGCAGCCGGCGGAGCCGGUGGCUCCUCCGAGUCCGAGUCGGAGGAGGAUUCCGAGGAAGACUCCGAGGCGGAGGCGCGUGAUGCCAAGAAGGGCGUGGCUUCCCUGAUCGAGAUCGAAAAUCCCAACCGUGUGACCAAGAAGGCAACGCAAAAGCUUUCCGCCAUCAAGCUGGACGAUGGCCCAGCUGGUGGCGGCGGUGCUCCCAAGCCGGAGCUGUCGCGCCGCGAACGCGAACAGAUUGAGAAGCAAAAGGCGCGCCAGCGUUACGAGAAGCUCCAUGCUGCGGGCAAGACGACCGAGGCGAAGGCGGAUCUUGCCCGUUUGGCUCUCAUCCGGCAGCAGCGCGAGGAGGCGGCCGCCAAGCGGGAGGCGGAGAAGAAGGCAGCCGACGCUGGCGGCAAGAAACCAGGAGCCAAGUAGACACACCGCCGGCAAAGAAUGCGAAUGCUCAUGCUCUCCAACCAAACCCAAUCCUAAUCCUAAUCCCUCACCCAACCGAACCGAACAGAACCGAUAAAGCAAUGGCAACCACUGGGGCUAAUGGCAAUUAGAUAAGUAAAUUAACCAAGUAAAGUAGCACGAUCCACGAUUCGUGCCGAUUCAAAAUUUCUUCAAGUUUUCUAUGCCUGUCUUUUUGUAAUUGCGAAUUAUACAAAAUAAUACAAAAAUAAACCACGAUGUAUACACGA